AUGGGAGACGACGUCCGCGACGAACGGGUUGAUGGCGCGCAACCGCCCCGGCGAGAGGGCUUGUUCGAAGCGGCGAGUUCUACAUCCUACAAGGCGGUCAUCGGUGCACUAGCAACACCGACGGCGGGAAUGAACACAGACGGGCAUCCACCCGUGCCACAAACCACCGUCAACGCCUAUUCCCCCCCGCCCUGCCGGUUAAACUGCCUACAUGUGAAUGCCGCCCUUGUCCGUGUUUAUCUGUGUAUCUUUCCCCGUCCGUAA